AAAAGCAGCUGCCGCGGUCCUUCUUCACAGGCUGUCCUGGGGCCACGCGGCCCUGCAGAGCCGGGGAGCCCAGGCCAGCCUUCGCGGCGCUCGGUGGGAGGGGCGGCCUCCUUGGGGGCGGCUGGCGAAGCUCUGACCACAGACCGUGGAGCCUGCCACCUCCGCCUCGUGCUAGCCGCCACCGGCAGGAAGCCACGAGCUGCAUGAGCUGACGGGGCCGACCGGGAUGGGCUUUUUCUGUAGGACCGUGUCAGGCGUUGCUGGUUCUAUCUAGAAGGCCGCUGCCUCACGAGGGCCCUGGGAUUCGAAGAGCGAUGAUGAAAAGCCGCUGAGCACUGUGCCAAGGAUGGGAGUGGUGGGCAGCAAAAAGCAGGUGAAGGAGAAAGGUACCAGCUCCUGGAGCCCGGCGCAGGGUGGCUCCCGGGGCAAAGACCCCCCACCGCUGCCGCCCCUGGUCCUGUUUAACCACUUGGCCCCGGCGCCUCCCGACACGCGCCCGGAACACGGGGAGCACUUCGUGGUGGCCCUGUACGACUACAACGCGGUGAACGACCGGGACCUGCAGCUGCUGAAGGGGGAGAAGCUGCAGAUCCUGAAGGGAGCUGGCGACUGGUGGCUGGCCAAGUCUCUCAUCACGGGAAGGGAAGGCUACGUGCCCAGCAACUUUGUGGCCCGAGUAGAGACCUUGGAAGUGCAAAAGUGGUUCUUUAGAUCGAUUAACCGGAAAGACGCCGAGAGGCAGCUGCUGGCCCCGGUCAACAACGUGGGCUCCUUCCUCAUCAGAGAGAGCGAAACCACCAAAGGUGCCUUUUCCCUGUCUGUGAAGGAUGUGACCACCCAGGGAGAGGUGGUCAAACACUAUAAGAUCCGCUCCCUGGAUGAAGGAGGCUAUUACAUCUCCCCCCGCACCACCUUCCCCACUCUCCAGGCUUUGGUGCAGCACUAUUCUAAAAAAGGGGAUGGUUUAUGCCAGAGGCUGACCCAGCCUUGUGUGUGCCUGGCUCCCCAGAACCCCUGGGCCCAGGACGAAUGGGAAAUCCCCCGGCAGUCUCUCAAGCUGGUCAGGAAACUCGGGUCUGGGCAGUUUGGUGAGGUCUGGAUGGGUUAUUACAAAAACAGCGUGAAGGUGGCCAUCAAGACCUUGAAGGAGGGAACCAUGUCCCCAGAGGACUUCCUGGGUGAGGCCAACCUCAUGAAAACUCUCCAGCAUGAGAAGCUGGUCCGUCUCUACGCCGUGGUCACCAAGGAGCCCAUCUACAUCGUGACCGAGUACAUGGCCAGAGGAUGCUUACUGGAUUUCUUGAAGACGGAUGAAGGUACCAGGCUGUCCUUCCCGAGACUGAUCGACAUGGCGGCUCAGAUUGCAGAAGGGAUGGCAUACAUUGAGCGAAUGAAUUCAAUCCACCGCGACCUGAGAGCGGCCAACAUCCUGGUGUCUGAGACCUUGUGCUGCAAAAUCGCUGACUUCGGCUUGGCCCGGAUCAUUGACAGUGAAUAUACUGCCCAGGAAGGGGCCAAGUUCCCCAUCAAGUGGACCGCCCCAGAGGCCAUCCACUUCGGGGUGUUCACCAUCAAAGCAGACGUGUGGUCGUUUGGAAUCCUCCUGAUGGAAAUCAUCACGUAUGGGCGUGUCCCCUACCCAGGGAUGAGCAACCCCGAGGUCAUCCGCAGCCUGGAGCGCGGCUACCGCAUGCCACGCCCGGACGCGUGCCCGCCGGAGCUGUACCGCGACGUCAUCGCCGAGUGCUGGCGGGGCCGCCCCGAGGAGCGGCCCACCUUCGAGUUCCUGCAGUCGGUGCUCGAGGACUUCCACACGGCCACCGAGCGGCAGUACGAGCUGCAGCCCUAGGCGCGGGGGUGGCUCACGCAGGUGGCUGACCCUUGGCGCUUCGAGACGUGGUCACCUCGAGGCUCGUCCGGCCGGGUAGCGCGGGGAAGGCGCCGAGGGACUGGCAGGCUCAUUGCUCGGAUGAAGACAAUAGAGGCGCGGCCGCUUGGCCGCCAGAUCCCAGCUGGGCCCCACCCUCCUCCGGCUGUGUGCCCUUGGGCAAGUCUCUUAGCCUCUCUGUGCCUCCACUUCCUCAUUGGGACCACGGGAAAGAGCAUAACAGUACCUACCUCGAACGACCCUCCUGAGGAACGGCUUACCCGGGCGAGAUGUCGAGAACAGCGCUGGCGCAGGCGCCCCGAGUGUUCGUCAUCUUACGAGGCUCCCCUGUGCUGGCGCCCCAAGGAGCCGGCGGCGGCAGGUGCCAGGGAGGCCUGCUCUGCUGCCGCCGGGAUGCGCGCCCGUCCUCCGGAGGACGCCUGGGGGAGCCUCGGGGAGCCCUGACCCGACUGCGCUCCGGCACUUGGGGGCUUUUCCAUAAUAAAGUCACGAGAUCAGA